AUAUAAUUAGAUAAACAAAUGACAAAGAAUUGGAAACUUGUAACCUUUCGUAAAAACAGAAUAGAUAAAAAUGCGGUUAUUAUCUGCUUUUGACUUUGUUGAAUUUAAUACGAAACCGAGAGUUGAAAAGUCAAAAGAGAGCAACAUGGAUCGGGUCCGGCCGCCCGGGUGUAGACAAAUCCACGUGUCCGUUCAACGGGAUUCAGGAGUUUAAAACCCCGUUUUCCGAAUCCCUCACGGACUCCGAUUUCCCGUUCCCUUCCCUCAAAGAAUGAAAAUCCAAGUCCGCGCUUCACUCUCACUCAAUUCCAAAUUUGCGAUUGCUCUCCUCCAGUCAGCGAGUCACUCUCUGAGCCAUGGCGCAAACCCUAGCUCGUUACUUCCACUCUUCGCGCCAUCUCGCCAGCUCCAGCUUCCUCCUCACGAAGCGAACCGACUUCUCCUCUUCCUCUGCCGCCAUCGUCAGCCGCCUCAUUCCUGCUCCUCAUCUUCUCCGCCGCCGCCCUCAACUACCGUUCCGGCCCUCCCAUGCCGGAUUUUGCUUCAGCGAAUCUUCCGUCGCCCGUUAUACAGCGGUUAGGUAGCGCCACGCCGCAUCAACGGACCUCCAGACAGAGGAGGAAGAAGAAGAAGUGGCGGCACGGCCUACCCCAGCUCGCCACAGCGACCAUCAGCAGCAGCUACAGUACUGUCUCGUGGUUAUGGAGAAGCACCGCGGCUUUCCACUAACAGAGGAGCAAAUGCUCGUCAAAUCCGUUAAUCAUUUGAUCAUUCUCCUUUGCUGCACCCAGGGAACAAAGAAGAAGAAGGCAUACAUCUUAGACACUUAUAGGGGCAAGGAUCAGAUUGCGUUUGGUUGCAAGAUGAGCGCCAAGACGGUGAAAAAGCUUGAAGGAGCGCCUGGUGUUGCCAAUGUCAUUCUUUGCAACAGCGAGAGGCCGAGUGAUCGAGCAAACCACUCUGAGUCACCGGACGACUCUGGCUUUGGCAACAAACAGCAGAUUCCGUACUGGAUGAUUACCAUGGAUUUGCCCCAUAAUGGAGAACUCUCCGAGCCACAACGGAUUGGUAACUCCAUGGCGAAGUUGGUCCCCAUCCUUAACAGCCUCCUGAACAAGUACAGCUUGGAUAUCCUAUCGUACGAGAGUGACAUUGCCUUCGGAUGCGAGAUCCAUGAGGAGACUGCGACAAAGCUGAAAGGAAUUCCUGGUGUACAUGUCAUUCAAUCGUCCCGGGCUUAUUCCGAAGCCAACGACUUUGACUUGGCGAUCGACUCUGGCUGCGACGAAGAGGAGGCCGACUACACGCCUUUGCCUCAAUUCCCUUGCUCAUUCUCCGACAUUAUGGAUAAUCAUCAUCAAGAGCGGCAUGAGUGGGUCAUUAUAAGGAAAACGCCCUGUGACAAGGUGUUCACCACGGAGAGGGAAUUUUCGGAAUUCAUCCUUCUGAUGUUGGCCCCUGUUUUAUCCGACAGAAGGGAGGAGGGAACCCUGAAUUUCAUCUUUAAACCUUCCGACGAACUCGAUUCCUUUUCAAUCACAUUGGAAAUGGAAGACGAGAAAGCGAAGAAGCUGAAAGGAGUGCCUGGUCUCCUCGUCUCCCGCACAGAUGAUGAUGAGAGGCUGCAGGUGAUUGAGGCGAGCUGUUUACAGUUUGGCUUUCCGGCUAAGGUGAAGAUUUAUUUGAAGUCGGAAGAAAGUGAAGGUGUAUUUACAUUAGUUCGGUAUUUAAGACUGAUUAUAGGUAAGCAGGGAGAACCGUUCUAUGAGUAGCCAUGUAUAAAGAUGAUGGUGGUGAAGGUAGGGUUUAUGUAAAUUGGGAGCCAAGGUGAACUGAAAAGACACAAGGGGACAGAUCGGGGACAAUUUUGUGGCAAGCUAAGGCAUGCCAGUUUUUGGGUCGGUAACUGUAAGUACUGCAGAGGUCUGUAAUAUAGGAGCGGAUCGGCGGUAAUGUUGUUUGUUGAUGCAGGGGAAUCUCCGAUCUGUCUGUUUUCAGGUGAGGAUUUUAUUCUGGUCACAGUUUAAUUGCUCUCUUCUUUUUGCUUCUCCUACCACGCAUCAAAAUGAGGACCUCAAAGAUGGUUGGUCAUGAGUCAAUAUUGUUUUUUAUCACGAAAUUACCUCUAUUUCUGAUUACUUGUUUUGGACCGUUAGAUUGAUGUGAUUUGAUGAAAUAAUCUAACCAAGAUCUGAGUAGUAACUUUGAUUUCACUCCGUCAUCCUCCUGCUUCAAAUUCAACCAUUUGUUCCCUUCAGAGUACAUUUUUUUAGUUCUUGGUUUGGUUUAAUUAAACUGAUCUAGAAAUGAACAUAGAAAAAACUCAAGUUAUAAAAUUGGCACAUGCAGCUGAAUUUGCUACUUAAAGUUGUACUUAUACCUACUCAAUUGAGCGAGAUAGGGGGUGCUCGUGAGUUGCUUGGUGUUUGAUCUGAUUCGCUUCUUCAAAUACGCCAAGCUUGCAAGCGAACUAAGCUGACUCAACGUCUUGUUUAGUAAUGAGCUCCGUAGCUCUCUGUUCAGAUCAUUGAGAUAUCAAGUUGGUUCGAGUUGGUGGGACGUUGAGCUCAUCGCAUGAAUUGAUUGAACUUGUGAGUUGGUCCGGUAGUGGCUUUUGAGAGGCUUGAGAUUUGAAUAUGUGGUAAACAUGUAUCUCAUUUAUUAUAUAUAAGAGAAUAUUUAAAUUAUAAAUUGACUGAAUACUUUGAUAUAUUAUUACAAAUAUAUUAUUACUAGAUAGAUGACCCGCGCUUCGCGGCAGGUAUCCUUUCAUUUCUCUGCAUGCACAUAUUUUUACUUAAAAACGUAUUACAAUGGAUAUCAUGAUGUAAGUCGAAACAUGUAAUAUAGAAUUAUGUUUAGUUCUAAGAAAAGGUAGGAAGCAUCGGAGCUGCUUCAGAGGAGGUGGGAUCGUAUAAUAGAAUCAUUAUAACAACCCACAGCCGAACCUUCCUCUAUGUGUGCUGUGUUGAUCAACGCGUUAUAAGCGGCUGCGAGGUUUUUUUGAGUACAUGCAAGAGUUGGUGUAUAGCAAGGUUGUUAACCUGCGGCUUGAUUCGAAUUGAUCCAAAUCCGGUGAGAAAGAUGGUUCCACAUUUAGGGCUGGGCAGCACGUGAGGGGUAAUUCGUGGUAUGAUGAUAUAUCGAUCCACCCGUAAAUAAUUCGAUCCGCACUGGGUGAGUGAUUGAUGUAGGUGGAUUGCAGAUUGAUAAACCCCCUAUCCGCACGUAUUCAGACAGUUGGUGGGUGGAUUGCGGGUCACCCGAAUGAUACGCAUGCUAUUUUCACAUAGACAAAAAAGAUGUUUCUUGUUUAUAUUAUCAAAUAGUCAUAUUUUCCCCUAACCGAAUUACACACUCAUCAUUGACUUGUAAAAGCGGGGAAUAAGUAAGAUUUGGACAA